UUUUAUGUGAUGGAGAACACACUCAAUGCAAACACAACACGCGAACUGGAAAACAAAAUAAUAAAAUAAAAACUAAGAACAUAGUUUAUUUCAUUCAAGAAUUUGAUUAAAUGAUUGGUCUUGGUUUGAUGCAUGGUGUCUCUGUGGGCGUGGCUCUCCCAUCAUGCUCCGGGCAACCAAAACUUGUUGCAAGGUUGAGAAUCAAAUGCUCUACCAAAGUUGGAUCUUAUAGCUCUAGACAACAAUUACUGGAAAGUGUAGACAAGGAGCUAACCAAAGGGGAUGAUAGAGCUGCUCUUGCAGUUGUCAAGGAUUUUCAAGGCAAUCCCAGCGGGCUUCGCGCUUUCGGCGCAGCCAGGCAGGUUCCUCAAAGGCUUUACACAUUGGAUGAAUUAAAGUUAAAUGGAAUAGAAACUGCGUCUCUUCUAUCACCAGUGGAUACAACUCUUGGUUCCAUUGAGAGAAACUUGCUUAUUGUUUCUAUUCUUGGAGCUUUUGCUGCUUGGAAUGUCCUUGGAAUUUCUCAACAACAAAUCUUCUAUAUAUCAUUGGGAUUGUUGUUUCUCUGGACAUUUGACUUGGUUUCUUUUGGCGGAGGUAUUGGUAGCUUGGUUGUUGAUACAAUUGGUCACAACUUCAGUCAGAAAUACCAUAACAGAGUUAUUCAACAUGAAGCUGGCCAUUUUCUAAUCGCGUAUCUAGUUGGAAUACUUCCUAAAGGAUAUUCAGUUUCUAGUUUGGAUGCUCUGAAGAAGGAGGGUUCUCUUAAUAUUCAAGCAGGCACGGCGUUUGUGGAUUUCGAGUUUGUUGAAGAAGUUAAUGCGGGGAAAGUAUCAGCUACGACAUUGAACAAGUUUUCAUGUAUAGCCCUGGCCGGGGUAUGCACGGAGUAUCUUAUAUACGGAUUUUCUGAAGGAGGUCUAGAUGACAUAAGAAAGUUAGAUUCUUUGCUCAACGGGCUAGGCUUCACGCAGAAGAAGGCGGAUUCUCAAGUUAGAUGGUCUGUGCUAAACACAGUCUUACUCCUGCGUCGACAUGAAGUAGCUCGAGCUAAGCUUGCUGAGGCAAUGUCCGCGGGAAGUUCGGUAGGAUCCUGCAUUGAUAUUAUAGAGAAUUGUAUCGACGUUUCAGAUCUAUAACUGAAGCUACUGGAUCCUGUCGACAGUUUCCUUCACCCUCUUGAUAUUGUUCUCUCGUCUCCUAGUUUAUUGAUUAAAAUUUCGAAAAGCUUCCAUUCGGUUUUAGGCUGCUAAAAUCUUCUGCAAGAGGGAUGUGAAUAGCUUUUGUUACUACGGAAAGAAGUAUAUAAGUGCAGUUCAUUUAUGAUGUAACCCUGCUAAGUAGGCCUAGUUUUCAUGAAUAUAAAUAAACUUGUAUAUAUAUGAGGUAUACUUAAAUAACUGUUGGAUAAAUAAAUCCAGCGUCACCCUUAGGGAUUCGAAUGGGCUUAACAUCCCAACCCAUGGCGCCUAGAGAGAGUUUACAAACCUCGCUUUAGGUGCAGCCCCUGAGGGCUCAUACUAUAAGGAAAUAAAGUUGCGCCCUCACUAACAGCAAUUGCUUUUAGCGCAGUGGUAAGCGCUUGAUCCUACAAUAACUCAUUAUUGUUAACAUUUUUAAACACAUGUAUGGUUAUGCAUUAGAAAGGGCUUGACUAUUGUAUGAACAUUUUAACCAAAGAAAUUCAGUCUUUGAUCGUAUAGCUGAGGCAUUGUCACUGGCAUUAAGCUCACGUGUUAGCUACGUAUCUUAGUCUUGAGGCUUUUUGGUGAAUCCUACUUGACUGAGAAGUUAAUCAUCUGUAACAAGAAAUAAAGCAUUCUUUUUAUUUUUAAAAGAACUGUUGUAUGAUAUCUACUCUUAUUACAAUUAGAAUGAAAUGUUUCUUCUAUUUCCUUGCAACCCGUACCACGCCACGACAAGCAACUGUUCUGUGUUAGGUAAAGGUUCAAUAAAAGAAAGUUCACAUCUAAUCUAGAUUUUGAACACCUAUGCUAAUCCUCGGGAUCUCAUGUGAGAAAAUAUGUAUGAUUCAAAUUCAUUUUCAGUUACACAUUCAUACUUGAGCGUUAAAUGCUAAUGUUAUUGUCACCCUCCUCUCCAACAUAUGAGAAGCACAAAUCCACCACAUC